AUUCGAAGACGCGGGAUAAGUCUCUAAUUGGUAGACUCCGUGGAGACACUUACAUUUCAGUUUAUUUUCUCAAUUUCUUAAUCGCCGGCAAACCCAGUUCUCAGCACCAUGCCGAAGGUGACGCAGAAAAAGCGUGGCAGCUCUGCCCAGAGCCCUUACGGGGACGCUACAGCAAAAGCCCGAGCUGCCAAUGCUGUAUUCAAAAUGAACACCGACGUCGGCCAGCACGUCUUAAAAAAUCCAGGCAUUGCGGAGGCCAUCGUCAAAAAAGCAGAUUUGAAGCAAAGCGAUGUCGUUUUGGAGAUCGGUCCCGGUACGGGCAAUCUUACAGUCAAGAUCCUCGAAAAGGCGAAGAAGGUGAUCGCGGUGGAAUUGGACCCGCGAAUGGCGGCCGAGGUCACGAAACGUGUGCAAGGGACGCCGGCGCAGAAGCGCUUAGAUGUGAUUCUGGGAGAUGUGAUGAAAACGGAGCUUCCGUUCUUCGAUGUCUGCAUCAGCAACACCCCGUACCAAAUUUCGUCUCCCCUUACGUUCAAACUCCUCGCCACUUUGCCCGCGCCCAGGGUCUGCAUCCUCAUGUUUCAGCGUGAAUUCGCCCUGCGACUGUUUGCCAAACCGGGCGACAAGCUCUACAGUCGACUGUCGGUCAAUGCCCAGAUGUGGGCUAAGAUCGAUCAUAUCAUGAAGGUCGGAAAGAACAACUUCAAGCCCCCGCCGCAGGUUGAAUCCAGUGUCGUCCGUCUGGUGCCCAAGAGUCCGAGGCCGCAGAUCGAUUACAACGAGUGGGAUGGACUGCUGCGGAUCGUUUUUGUCAGAAAGAACAAAACCAUCCGGUCCAGUUUCCUCGGAACGACUUCCGUCAUGGAUAUGCUGGAAGCCAAUUACCGGACGUGGUGUGCACAGAACGAUAUCCCUGUCGAGGAUGGGCCGGCUGAAAAUGCGGGAUCGGAUGCAAUGGAGGAAGACGACCUGCACAAUGAUGAUGCGGAUGAGCCUGAGGAAGAAGCCAUGGAGGUGGACGACGACGACGACGUGCCCGAUUUCUUCAAGGAACAAGCAAACGCCCGCAUCCAGGAAGCUCUCAGGAGUCGGCCGGCCCGCAAGAAGAAGGGCAAGGUGGCAGAGCUCGUACGGGAGAAGAUCCGCCAGGUAUUGGAGGAGGAGACAAAGCUUGGUGAAAAGCGUGCACGAAUGUGCGAUGAGAAUGAUUUUCUAAAGUUGCUGUGGGCCUGUAACCAAAAGGGGUUCCAUUUUAGUUGAGGCGGGAUCCUGAGAGAAAGAUUGGAAAUGCUUGGCCUCCCCAUAUUGUCAAAUCUUUGAAAGUCAUGAAUUAACGAUUAUCUUCACUGAAAGCCAUUCUCAGGAGACCGGUCUCCGGCCGGGCGCAAAUGAGCGCGGGAGUCUUGAAAGAGACUCUGC